GCGGGUUGAGAGAAAUCCCUAGCUUAGGAGUUAGGAGAAAGAGAGAAGGCAUAACACAAGACAACCUUAGCCAACAACAACAAAACCAAAACCAAAGCUAUGGGUCUACUGUGGUGGCGAAAGGGGAACAAACCUCAGCCUCAGCCUCAGCCUCAACCCGAAGCAAAGUCACCGUCAGCAUCAUCGUCGUCGAUGAACGGCGCAGACACGACGAAGCCCGUGGUGGAGGCCCCAGGGAUGAACGGCGCCGUGGAGGUUCCCCGGCCAGCAAACGCCACCGUCUCGAUUUUCGAGUUCGGCUCCGUGGCGGCUUCCAACGACAGGGUCACGCUCGCCGGCUACUGCCCUGUCUCUGAAGACCUCGAGCCCUGCCGCUGGGAGAUUCUCCCCGCGGUUCAGUCUAACGCGCCCCAGUUUCGCGUAGUCUUCUGAUACCCCAUUUCAUCUCUCUUUUAUGCCGUUUAUAGCAUUUAUUUUUAUCUACUUUUUCCUGUAUGACGUUUAAGCCAAAUUCCCCUAUUUCUUAUUGUUGUUAUUUAUCUUUUCUCUUCAUUUUCUAAACAAUUAACAUUGAUGCAUAA